AAUAAAAGCGCCUUCCAAAGUGAGUAUAAAGUGAGCCAGCAUGAGAUCCUUCGUCGCUCAAUUUGGGACCUUGUUUGUUGAUACCCUCGAUACGUUAUUUGAAAGCUGUUUAUUAAAUUUGGAUUAAGUAGUUCAUGUGAUUUAUGAAGUGAUUAUUUAGUCCAUUUUUAUCAUUAUCAACUAAGAUAAAAAGUUUAUGAUUCAUAUGACGACAUCAUAUGGUUGAUUAUGACUUUAAAAUAUAAGUUUUUAUGAUGUUUAAAAACUUUUAUUUAAAGAGAGUGAUGACUAAUGUGAAAAUCUUCUGUAUGAGAUUGGAUUUGUAUGGGUGAUAAUUACGUAGUUUGUAAAAUUUUUGAAUUCAAUACUAUUUAUAGUUAGCAAUAUUUUAUCCCCCCAUCAUUUCGAAAAAAAAAAAUUAUAAUAAACAAAAUUUAGCCGUUGCCAGGAUUCAAAAUUUUCAAAUAAAAAUCGUAUACCGAUUUUUUUUUUUUUGAGAAAAAAAAUCGUAUAUCCUCGGCAAUACUAAUAAAGGCGAGAUCCAAAAGCCAGGCUUGCAUAAGAUGCCAGACAAACCAAUAUAAAGGCCACACGCCUCAACGGCUCCCUGCAAUGUCCAGCCCAGCCUCAUCGCCAUGGCGCUCCCUCCAGUUUACAUCAAAUUUGAAUUCCAAUCCCCCAUUUAUAACAUCCUCUUAUAAGCACCAGAGCCCCAUAAAAACCUAUGGGGGUUUGCUGCAGUAAGAGGAGAGAGUCUUCCUACCCCGACAUAGUUCCUUCAAAUGAUCCACCAAAAGAGAGGAGUACAGUGAAAGAGGAAAACGAGACUUCUAAAGCCGCAGAAUGUGUAAAGAUCACUACUUCCUUAACUACAAAUAAGGCUGCUUGCGUUGCUGAAGGAGAAGAUGAGAAUACAGGGGAGACGCCCGUAAAGCAAAGUGCGCAGCUUAAGGAGGACAGAGGUAGCAAAGCUGCUGCCACCGUUACGACACCACUGAGGACGUCGAGCUGCACCAAGGAGGAGGUUGACGCCAUCCUCAUCCAAUGCGGACGCCUCAGCCGCAACUCAUCCGGCAAGGCCUCCAAUGAGAUUGCGGGGCUGAGGAGGCCGUCGGGCUCUAAGAGGAGCUACGACUUCGACAACGAUGUGAAGGAGGAAGGCGAGGCGUUCGAUAAAUCCACAUCGAGGCCUUCCCCUCGCCGGCGAACUCGUUCCGGGAGCAGAGAGAGGGGGAGCAGUGAGGGCAGAAGGAUGAGCAGAUCGCCUGGAAAGAGAUCAGACGGCCCUGCCUCCUCUACCUGUGAUAAACCAAGGCAGAAGCCGACGAAGAUGAUUUCAGUGCCUGCAACUGAAAAGGGAGCCCUUUUUGCUAAUGGUGACAAUGACAGUGGGAGUUCGGAUGGAAAAAGAGUCUCCGCCCCACAGUAUACAAGAUCCCGGUCGCCGGUGAACAACGCCAGGAAGUCAAAUGAGAACGCCCAGUCUCAAUCACUGAGUCGGUGCUCUUCGAGAAAGGCUGAAGACUCUCCCCUUAGGAGAAACCCCUUGGGUGAGAUUGAUGAGAACACCCUCAUAAACCAUAAUGGAGCCAACCUCAGCAUUCUUCAGAGCAGUAGAGAAGUAGACAAUAAGGCCAUUCAAUCAGAGAUCAUCCAUCAGGCACAGAAGGUAGAGAUAGUAGAGGAGUCAGGAGACGCAAAGUUGAACACUGGAGUUGAAAACCUCAACCCAUUAGCCCAAACAAGAGCAAGAUCUUCAAGGGGAACAUCGUGUGAUCUUGACAACAAUCCUGUAAUCAAACCAACAUCUUUUGCCUCAUUUAUGCUAGAAGACAUCCAGAACCAUCAGCAGAACAUUGCCUUUUCCUUCCCAACAUGUGUUUCCAAGGCUUCCUCCUGCUCCGACCAGAGGAGCUACGAAACUGAUCAAUCAAACAACAAAAGCUUUCUGAAGAGUGAAUUCGCGAGAAGAGUGCCAAUGGUUGAGAGAGAAACAUCAAAAGAAUCAGAAUUAGAGGUGAAAAACGAUCCUAAGAAACCAAUCAUACACAAAUACGUCACUGCAAGGAAUGAAGUGCCUCAGGAAUCAGCAGGCAGCAAUAGCUUUAUAGAAGAGGAGGUGGGGAAUGAAGUUGGCCAGAAAGGAAAGCUGUAGCAGAAAAGAUCAUCCCAAGGUAAUAGUAGUCACAACAAAGCCAUUAUCACAGUUGCAAAGCCAUUGGGGAAGAAGUUCGAUCACCGCCAACUCCACCAAAGUGGUCGUGGAUGUGGGAAUGGAAAGGUUGAUGGCAGGGGCAUCUCAGUUCGUCUUUCUGCUGCAACUUCUUGUACUGGAGAAGAAUUUCCACUUUAACUUAUAACUAUAUUUUCCACCUCAAAGAUGUUAUCGCACGUUGGUAAUGAAGGGUGCGUUGUGCUAGCAAUGCAUACAAAUGCGACUCUUUUCCAUUUUAAUUCUAGCAUUCUCUAAUGUUGGAAGGAACA